AGCAAAACCAGUCUAUCUACCCAGACACCCCAGUUUGGAGAGAAAAUGUACCGAGCCCAUCUUUCCUGCCUGGCCCAGAGACUUGGAGACACAGGCACCCUUUCUUGAAGGCUCAGGAGGAGGUAGAAGAAGAGGAUAAAUACGAGCGCCCCCCCUGCGAAGUUCCGCCCCUCAGUCUGGCCCAUGCACAGUCGCUUGGCGCUAAAGAGGACUCCUUGUAUCUGGAUCGUCCUGGGCCCCUGGGUCCAUCCAAGGCAUCCCCACCCAUGUCUCAGCCUACCAUGGCCAGAGGACUCCCCACAAAUCCUACCCGCUCUGCCUCAGGCUACCAUUUCCCGCGGAAGACAGCAAUGAACCUGCAGUCUGCAGCCCCAAAGCAGGAACCUGGUUUUGGAAGGCGAGGGCGAGGUGCAGCUAGAGCGGUGAGCGAGAAACAUGAUGAAGACAUCUACCUGGAGUGCGAGCCAGACCCACUUCCAGUCUUGACUAGGACUCCAAGCUCCAAAGCCCUGAUACCCCCGGUCCCUCUGCCAAGAACAUCUGGAUUGCCCAGACCCAUGGUUGUUCACCAGGAGACUUGGAAUGGAGCAGUGGAUGCCUCAUUGAAAGCAGGAAGGAGGCUAUCAGCUCCCUGUGUAGUCCCUGCCCUGAGCACCUUUGCUGCUGAGGAGGGAAGCCUUCUGGGUCAGCCUUGGUACUCAGGGAACUGCGACCGUCAAGCCGUCGAGAGAGCCCUGCUUCACUUCCAAAAGGAUGGAGCCUACACUGUGCGUCUCAGCUCGGGGCCUCACAGCUCGCAGCCCUUCACUCUGGCAGUGUUGCUCAGAGGCCGUGUCUUCAACAUUCCCAUCCGGCAACUGGACGGCGGCCACCACUACGCCCUGGGCCGAGAGGGCAGGAAUCAUGAGGAGCUCUUCCCCUCUGUGGCCGCCAUGGUUCAGCACUACAGGAAGCACCCACUGCCCCUCGUGGACAGGCACAGUGGCAGCCGGGGAUUCACCUGCCUGCUCUUCCCCAUCACGCCCUGAAGAAUCAGUGACACACGGUCCGCCUUUGGCACACAGUGUGCCACUUCUGCUUCCCCUCCCGCUUUGGGCAGCUUCGUUUCCCU